UGUAUAUUGGAGUCAGCGCGCUAAUAUGAUUUUGCGCUUCUUAGACAAUAUUUUCGCGUCCACUAAAUUCACUCCUCUACGUGCCUCCCCACCCUGCAACAACGUACCAACCUACCUACAGGCUAGACGAAAACUUAUCAACAGCUUUCCGAGACAGUAAAAUGGUUUUCUUCCAGGCUAUGGUGUUUGUCAGUUGCCCCUGUCUGAGUAAGAUAUGGAUAUCUGACUCUUAACGACAUUUUACGUCUAACAGCCAGAAGUAAAUGGUGGAUUAAGCAAAAAUAUUAGUCUGGAUUUCUUGAGAGAUGGCAGACAACUCAUAUAGUCGACAUUGGGAAGGUGUUAAUGAUCCGGUACAUCCCUUAUCACGUACAGCACAUUCAGCAAUAUCUCAUGGACGUUACAUUUAUGUCUUGAAUGGAUAUGGUCCUUCUGAUAAUAAAAUGGUCCUGUUCGAUCAAAUUGGCCUAACAAGAUAUGAUAUCCUAACAAACUGUGUAGAAUUCUUACCGAUACAUUGGGAUGCAAAAUCACUACAGUAUCAUAUGUUCAGUGAAUCUAUUUUGCUGACAUCAGGUAACAGUGCAGUGAUCAAUGCAGAGUCUGUUAGUACAAAUGAUGAACCAACAUGUAUUUAUACGUUUGGCGGUUAUUCUAUUCUCGGAAAUAUUCAUGUUAAUGCUUUAUGUAGAAUUGAAUUAACACAUCAUAAUUUAUCGAAAUAUACAACGUCAGAUCAUCAAAAUCAAUCGGGGAAGGUCACAUCAACAGGACUUCGAUCACAUUGUUGUCAUGCUUCUGUUGUUAGUGGACAUGGUAUUUUGAGUUGUUUAUCCUACUUACCCCAAGAUAAUGCUUUACAUGAAAGUAUUAGUUUAACUAUGCUGAAAUCAUUUCAAAGACAGUUAGAAUAUCAUCAUCCUGCUAAUAUACAUAAUCGUUUUGAUAGUAUUCAUGAUAAUGUUAGUCACAAUUGCCAUCAUCUUUUGCCUUCACCACGUGAUAAGUUGUGCAUGGAAUAUUGGCGUGGACGGUUGUAUGCAUUUGGUGGUUACGGUCCAAGUUUUAUGCCAUAUUCUACAUGGCCUAAACAAAUCUUUCAUUGGCCAUAUUUACACGAUCCAAAUGAUGAGACGAAUUGGAUAAUAUGUGAUAGUAAUGGUGGAUGGAAUAGUCAAUUAAUCAUUUAUGAUAUCAGCGAAAAUCGUUGGGAAUUAGUUACACGCUUGGAUGCAAUUGGCCGAUUCCCAACACCACGUGCAGCACACUGUUCUUCAUUACUGCCUAAUCAUGGUUGGAUGAUUAUAUUCGGUGGUCGAGGUCCCUACCAUCAACAUUCAUCAUUACAACAACCAUCAGAUUUUAGAAUGGGCAGAUUAAAUGAUAUGUACUGUUUAAAUUUGCAUUUAAUGGAAUGGACACAAAUUUUGACACCAUUGGACAUACCACAGCCUAGAAAUCCUAUUCAGUCUAUUAUAUGGCCGUGUGGUCGAUCAUGGAUGGAUAUGAUAACUAUGCAUGAACCGUCAUGUAUGAAAGAUUAUUGUACUUGUAGAGAAGAAGGAGAAGAAUUGAAUGAUGAAAUUGAUUUCUCUCAGAUGGAUGAACCUGGUACAAUCCAAUUGUUUAUACUUGGUGGUUGGUCAAACAAUGAUGAAGCAUUGAAUGAUGCAUUUUUAGUGAAUAUCAACCCAUGUAGAAAGCAUAAGCUUUUAGAAGCUAAAGUUGUUUCUUCUACAAAGGAAAUACAUACCAGUACUAAUAAUACAAUGCUGAGUACUACUGAAAAUCAUUCAGGUUUUGAAACAAAUUUAAACAAAUGGCAGUAUUCUAGUAUUCAACCGUUAUGUGAUACGCUAAGAAAACCAACUGUAUUAAAUGGUUUCAUGUGUUCGAAUCAACAAUCUAAGUGUGACACAUAUUCUAAUUUGAUUGUAAAUUCAGAUGGUAAAGUUUUAACAAAUGAAACAUUCUAUAUGGAUAUAAUCACAUCUCUUUAUCUUUCAACUGUUACAGAUCCUACUACUGAAACAACAAAAACUCAUCGUAUGGAUAAUGCUAGUAGCAGUAAUAAUGACAAUAAUAAUCCUCUUGAUUGGGAUACCGAUGAUAUGAAAUUAUUUCUCAGGGAUUUAAACUAUCAUUUAUGUAUUUAUAAAAAAUUGUCUUUCAAUGUAGAUAGCAAGAAAUUGAAGAAAUCAGUCGGUCCCGAGCAAGCACUUUAUCGUAUCGCUUUAUUGCAUACCAUGUUUACACAAUAUCUGGUGAAAAGUUAUUGUCGUUUUGCGAUAAACAAGAACUCUUCUCCUACUGCUACUACUACCACUAAUAAUAAUAAUAAUAAUGCCGAUGGUACCAGUAGCAGGCUGAUUGAAGAAUUGGAUAAUCUUUGUGCAAGUUAUCGGUUGAUCCUUGAACCAAAUCAAACAUUAAUUAUAUCUUUAUUGAUGGGUAUUUUUUUAAAGUUUAUGCUUCCUUGGCAACUAUUCCAAAUGCUUUUACAAGAACAGGAUAGUUGGUUGACAAGUGUGGACAGUAAGGAAUUAAUUCGAAACUUAUUACCAGAUUUAAAUAUACAUGAAUUUUCUCUACGGAAAUCAUCUUUAUCGAGGUCGUCUAUAUAUCAGUUAGAUUUUAAUGAUCAAUCAAUUAUUGACAAAUUCAUGCUGUUACUUUCACCGGGUCGAAUACAUAUGCCCAUAAAUCAUUUACAUAUUCAUCAACAGUAUAUAGGAAAUAGUUUCGAACGUUUUUCGUAUAAUUUGCAACAAAUAGUUACAUCAGCAUUUAUAUGGUGUGCCAAGUUACCGUUACAUUAUGAUAUUGUCAAUGGUUUAACUAAACUAUCAGAUAAUGACUCACUGCAAAUAAUUUCGUCAUUAUCAUCAGAUUCGUUAUCAUCAACAAGAAGUCAACCUGUUCAUCGUCAUUGGCACACUAUCACUCUUGGUUUGGAUAGACGUAUCUACGCAAUUGGUGGUACUACACGGGAAGCACUUGAAACACCAAUAGAAUGUUAUGAUUUUCAUCGACCAAUGAGUUUAUCAGUUCAAAGUUUCACAAAAGUGUCUAAAAUAAUACUGUCAACAUUUUUAAAUGCAAUUCAACACAAUAUUUCAAUAACUGACGAUCAUAAUAAUACAAAGAGAAUUCAACCACUUCAACUUCAUCAUUAUCCUGUCAUCACUAUUGGAAAGUGUAAUCAUAAAACUGAAAAUACUUUAGCGCCUUUUCCUUGUCAUUUAAUAAAGGAUAAUUUUAUAAUAAAUUAUUUGAAUAAUUUAGAUGAAAGUUUAAAAGAAUUAUUAAAUAGUCAUGUGAAAUAUUUGUUAGAAGAAUGGUUAUUAUGAGUAGCAAGAAAGUAGUAAAUAAAUGGUUCUCUUCACUUCACUUAAUGAAUUCUGUCCAUUUAAGAGUUAAUGUAGUGUGGAAAUGAAGAGAAAGACAAAGAAGGAUAUAUAGUUGGAAGAGAAAUAAAUUUUAAUGUUCUUUUAUAUGUACAUAUUUAUAUGUGUAUAAUAAUUCUAGUUUAACCGCUUAACUAUCAUAUAUAUUGUUUAAUUUCUUCAAUUAACUGAUCUUUCUUGUUUUAAAUUAAUAAUAUUUUCUGAAAUUAAUUUAUUCAUUGACUUUCUCUAUGUUCGCUUUUCUCAAGACAGGUGAACAGGAUGGCUUAUCUGUGCAUAUUUUAUGAAUUCUUAGAAGUGAAAUAUUCAAUAACCUCUUCUGUGAUUAGUACAAAGACUUAUUUAUGUGUUAGAUAUAAAAAUAUUUAUCUACCUACAAACAGUCAGCUAGUCUUGAUAUCUUAAUACAGUUUAACUUUAUCCUGUGUUAUUUCACAACUAUGUUGAAAUUUGUUGAAUAAAAUACUUGGUUGAACAGUUUAGUCAUAGUUUGCAUUGGAUUUAUUCUAUUCUUUGUCAAUAUUUCAGAAGACAAUGUGUAAUCUUUAUCAAGAAGAAAGCUUACAAACUGUACAACAUACUGCAAUUUCACUAUAGACAGACAGAUGAAGUGAUUUAGCACGUAACACAAAACUGCAUCAGUUCUAUAUAAGUGUAAAAACUUAGGCACUAUGGUAGGAUGUAAUUCCGUAUUAGAUUUGUUUAUUUGAUAUACACGACAAAAUGACACAGUGUUACUUACUUGAUGUGACGAUGUUGCGAACAUAAAUUAUUGCUCGUAAUCAUACCAUUGUAAUCCCACCGCUUUCGACAAUCGAUUUUUAGUCCUAUCACCUGAUAUUCUUUGUUUUUAUUGGUAGUAAAUUUCUUCAUAUCUGUGGUAUAGAUGUUGCGUCAUUCCUAUUACAUUUGUUGGGUGUUGAUUCGGUGAACAAGGAUUCAGUAAUAAAUCUCUCAAGAUGAAUGAAAUACAAAAUUUAUGAAUGAGGCAGUUGUUAUAAUAAAGAUUCACUUGGCUAUAAAACGGGG